UACAAAUGUAUUCUGGGAAUUGAAACACAACAGAAAUUUUAGAAAAAAAUAAUUGCUGACAUAAAUUUAUUUUAUUGAGAAAUAAAUACAUUUACAAAACAGACAUGAGGUUGAGGAAUAAGCCUUGACUUUCAAUUGAAAGAAAAUUGAAGAACAGUGAUCCUAAAUUUACUCUCUGGCCAUUGAAGUGUUUGUUAGCCGUCGCUUCCGAUUUUUAUAUUUCAGCUGAUUUGGGUUACAAUUUGCGACGUUUACAGCCAGAACGAUGAGUCGAAAUCAAGCCAGAAAGGAUACGAAAAUGAGGAUUAGGGCUUUCCCUAUGACUAUGGAUGAGAAGUAUGUGGAUAACAUAUGGGCACUGUUGAAAAAUGCUAUACAAGAAAUACAGAAGAAGAAUAACAGUGGUCUUAGUUUUGAGGAACUCUAUAGAAAUGCUUAUACUAUGGUAUUACACAAACAUGGGGAAAAACUAUACUCUGGUCUACAGGAGGUCGUCACAGAACAUCUAGUGAAGAAGGUGCAACAAGAUGUACUGGCAGCAUUAAACAACAAUUUUCUAUUGACAUUGAACAGUGCCUGGAGUGACCAUCAGACUUCAAUGGUUAUGAUUAGAGAUAUACUUAUGUAUAUGGAUAGAGUAUAUGUGCAACAGAAUAAUGUUGAUAAUGUAUAUAAUCUGGGACUGAAGAUAUUCCGGGAUGAAGUUGUACGCUACCAGACAAUAAAUGAACAUUUACGACACACACUUCUUGAUAUGGUGGCCAAAGAAAGACGAGGAGAAGUUGUUGACAGGGGUGCAGUGAAGAAUGCAUGUCAGAUGUUGAUGAUUCUAGGAAUCGAAACAAGACAAGUGUAUGUAGAAGACUUUGAACAGCCUUUCCUGUCGGAGUCUAGGGAAUUUUACCAGGCUGAAAGCCAGAAGUUUCUUGCCGAGAACAGUGCAUCAAUGUAUAUUAAGAAAGUUGAGGCUCGUAUCAACGAGGAAGCCGAGAGGGCAACACAUUAUCUAGACAAAACAACAGAGGAACCUAUAGUUAAAGUUCUUGAAGAAGAACUAAUUAGCAAGCAUAUGAAGACAAUUGUAGAGAUGGAAAACUCUGGGGUUGUACAUAUGCUCAAAAACAACAAAACAGAUGAUUUAUGUUGUAUGUAUAAACUGCUGGUACGAGUGCCUAAUGGCUUGAAGACAAUGUGUACAUGUAUCAGUGGCUACCUUAGAGAGCAGGGCAAAGCUCUCGUCUCUGAGGAAGGAGAAGAUGGCAAAAAUGCUAUCACAUAUGUACAGAAUCUACUAGAUUUGAAGGACAGAUUUGACCAUUUCCUUCACGAGUCCUUCAGCAAUGAUAAUCUCUUUAAGAAGAUGAUAUCGAGUGAUUUUGAAUAUUUCAUAAACUUAAAUGCUAAGUCUCCAGAGUUCCUGUCCCUGUUUAUAGAUGAUAAGCUGAAAAAAGGAGUUAAAGGGAUGACAGAACAGGAGAUCGAGACUGUUUUAGACAAGAGUAUGGUGUUAUUCCGGUUCCUACAAGAGAAAGACGUGUUUGAGAGAUACUACAAACAACAUUUAGCACGCAGAUUACUGCUCAACAAAAGUGUCUCUGAUGAUUCAGAGAAAAAUAUGAUCUCCAAGUUAAAGACCGAGUGUGGCUGUCAGUUUACAUCAAAACUGGAAGGUAUGUUCAAAGAUAUGACUGUGUCCAAUGGCUACAUGGAGGAAUUCAGGGGCUUCAUCAACCAAGCUAAUGUAAAUUUACAAGGUGUAGAUUUGACAGUAAGAGUGCUGACUACAGGGUACUGGCCAACUCAGUCAGCUACACCUAAAUGUAAUAUACCCCAGGCUCCAAGAUCAGCGUUUGAGCAGUUUAGAAGGUUUUACCUAGCCAAACAUAGUGGCAGACAGUUGACCUUACAACCUCAGCUAGGUUCAGCAGAUCUUAAUGCAGUAUUCUAUGGUGUUAAAAAAGAGGACUCUAGUGAAAGUGUGGGUGCAAGUUCAUCUAAAGGUCCAAGAAAACACAUUAUACAAGUGUCCACAUACCAGAUGUGUGUACUAAUGUUGUUUAACAAUAGGGAUAAAUGGACAUACGAGGAGAUCAGAAGUGAGACAGAUAUACCAGAGAAAGACUUGAUGAGGGCUAUACAGUCACUUGCUGUCGGCAAAAUAGCACAGAGAAUUCUACACAAGGAACCAAAAAAUAAAGAAAUUGAACCAAGCCAUGUGUUUACUGUUAAUGACCAGUUCACCUCAAAAUUAUACAGAGUGAAAAUACAGACAGUUGCUGCAAGCAAAGGAGAGGCGGAACCUGAGAGAAAGGAGACAAGGACUAAAGUAGAUGAAGACAGAAAACAUGAGAUUGAAGCAGCCAUUGUGAGAAUCAUGAAGGCUAGACGAAAACUGCAGCAUAAUGUUCUGGUAACUGAGUGCACAGAACAGCUGAAGAGCAGAUUUUUACCAAGUCCAGUGGUUAUAAAGAAGAGAAUAGAAGGUCUUAUAGAAAGAGAGUAUUUAGCUAGAACACCUGAGGAUAGGAAAGUGUACACCUAUGUAGCCUAAGCAUAUAAAACACACACACUGUAACUAUGGAAACGCUUGUAGUGAAACAGCACAUCUAUAGAGUUGCAGACAUGUGCCACCGAGAUUUUGCUGUUCAUAAACUUAUUCUCUUGUUUCUUUGAUGUUUGAGAAGAAAGAUUCCUGAAAAUUGGAUUUAUGUUUCUUAAAGAUAACUUGUUGAUUGAAGAAAGUUUGUUAUGGGUGUUUGACAUGACAACAUGAACAGAUGUUAUUGGAACAUUUCAAAGUGCCCCUAUGUGGUGACACUUUAGUCUCAGAGAUGACAUUGUUGUAUCCACGGUGAUAUUUUUGUCUUAAAGGCAACAUAGUAGCCAGGUCAUCAUUGCAGUUACUAAGGCAAUAUUUUAUCACUGUGACAUAGAUUGCUAUGGUGAUAUUUUUGUCAUUAAGGUGACAUUGUUGUAAACUUGAAAGUGUUUUAUCACAUUUUGACAAAUGUCAUAUCCAAGGUGAUUUUUCUGCUACUAAGGUGACAUUAUUAUUCCAAGGUGACAUAAUUAUCAUUGUGGCUUUGAUGUUAUCAAGGGUGAUAAAUUUGCCAUCAAGGUGAUAUUGUUAUAACCAUGGCAGCAUUGUUUUCACCAUGGAAACAUUUAUGCAUCUAGAGUGAUAUUUUUGUCACCAAGGAGAUAAUGCUGUAACCAUGGCAACAUUGUUAUCACAGUGGCAACUUUGAUGUAACUGAGGUGAUAUUGUUAUCAAUAUGAUGCUAUAAGCUCCAAGGAGACUAUGUUUACCACAGAUGUAACAUAAUUGUUACAAAGAAGACAUAGUUUGUUACCGAGUUGACAUAGUUUGUAAACAAGGUGACUCUUGCAUUGAUGCAGCGACUAGGCAGUGACAAAAUAUUUAUUCAUGCACAGAAAGCUGUGAUUCAUGCUUCAUUAUUUUCCUUUUAUAAAAGUCAUAAAAUAUAUUUUGGAAUAUUUAGGAGAUGCUGAUAACAUAUUAUAUAUCUUUAAGAAUACACAUUUCUUGCACUACAGUGUCCUUGAUCCCUAGCAAGUCCCUUUACUUGUGCACAUUAUUGCAAAGAAUCUAUUCUUUUCUCAGUUUUUUUCAAAUAGUUAUAAACUGUAGUUAACAUUCUAAUGCAAUACGCAAGGAGUUCUUGAUUUUGAUACAGUUUUCAAGAUAUUGAAUUACUUGAUUGCCAGUUGGCAUACAAUUCAAUGUCAUUAGUUAACUUUGAAAACAUUGCCGAGUUGCAAUCUGUAUACGAUUUUUAACAUGAUAAACUAUUUUACAGACUUGCACAAGUUAAUGUGCCUGAUUUGAUUUGAAAUUUGAUUCCCAUGAAACAUUUGAGCCGCGCCAUGAGAAAACCAACAUAGUGGGUAUGCGACCAGCAAGGAUCCAGACCAGCCUGCGCAUCCGCGCAGUCUGGUCAGGAUCCAUGCUGUUCGCUAACAGUUUCUCUAAUUCCAAUAGGCUUUAAAAGCGAACAGCAUGGAGCCUGACCAGACUGCGCGGAUGCACAGUCUGGUCAAGAUCCAUGCUGGUCGCAAACCCACUAUGUUUGUUCUCUCAUGGCGCGGCUCAUUUGAUGUUGACACAACAUGUGUAAAUAUAGGAAUAUUCAUGUUUGCAUGUUGUAGUGUAAUUGAUUUCUCAGUUCAAAGUUCCUAAAUAGCUAGAUAAGGAACUCAGCCUUUCUGUUAUAUAGUGUAAAUGAUCGCAUUGAAAAUCCAGAGUAUUUUCACGGAAAGUGUUUUCUUGUGUAGGCGUAAUAAAAAAAUUAAUUGGCUGAUAGAACCCUAACCCUAAGGAUGUGACGGACUACUUUCAAUUGGAAAUUCUUCACUGCGUUAAUCAAAAACCGCUUUGGAUAUUUAUGUGGACAAGUGUAAAUACUGACAUGACUGGGCAGAGAAGCUUGAAAUCACAAGAUUGCCUCAACCAUUAUUAUUGUUUUAAGUGAAAUUUGAUUGGAUUAGAUUACAUUGCUUGGUGGUAUUAUGGGUAAUUGCAAAAGAUAAUGCAAAGGCUUAUGGUUAUUUAGAAUUUUCAUAUUGUUAAGAGGUAUAUCAACAGUUGCUUAUCUAUUCUAUUUAUGUUCUUGUUUGCUUGCAGAACUUUGAAUCCAGUUAUAAGACAAUAGUGGGAAGUUUGAAUUUCAAUUUUAAAAGAUUGAUUAUUAUAGAUAUCUAACAGAUAUUGGUUAACAAUGCUGAUAUAUGUGAAUAUUGUAUUUUUUGUUUUUUAUUUGCCACACUCGAGGUGGUUUCAUUAUGAAACAAACUUUGAUGUAUGCAUAAAAUUGUUAUGCUGCUCAUAAUAAAUUAAUAAACAAUUGA